GUAAAUUGCAAAUGUUUUUUGCCUUAUAUACAUUUAAAGUCUAAUGGAAUAUCAUUACUAUCUAAUAUCUCUUUACAAUGUUAUCAGUUCAAAACGAUCUCGAUUUCGAUGUUGAUUUCCAUAAUGAACGAUUUGUUAUUCUUAUGUAGUUUCUAGUUCAAUAUUCUAAUAAAUUUUAUCCCUAAUUUUAUUUUGUGAUCAAUUUUGUUAUUUAUUUUUAUGCAAUGGCUAGUUUAUCGGAUUACGAACUAGCUUUACAAUUACAGAAUGAAUUAAAUGGUGGUGGUGAUGUUUCCGUCCCCGCCAAGAAACACAAAAAAGACCACUCAUCAAUCAUAGAUGCUGAAUGGGAGAAGUUAGACCCUAAUCCUGACGUAUAUGCUCUUUUCCAAACUUUUGACAAGAAAUUUUUUUGGAGUUCCCUUCAGAGUGUAGAAGUUAAAUGGAGUAAACGGAUGUAUACAUGUGCUGGUGUCUGUUAUUAUAAAGGUAAAAGAGGUGGUUGCUGUAUAAGUUUGAGUUUGCCGUUGUUGCAAUUGAGACCUCGUAAAGAUUUGGUUGAAACUCUUUUGCAUGAAAUGAUCCACGCUUAUUUGUUUCUCACUGCCAACAAGCAAGAUCGAGAAGAGCAUGGACCUCUGUUUCAUGAACAUAUGCAUCGAAUUAAUAAAGCAGCAGGAACAAAAAUAACGGUUUAUCAUUCUUUCCAUGAUGAAGUAGCCCAUUACAAACAACAUUGGUGGAGGUGUAAUGGUCCUUGUCAAAGUAGAAAACCAUUUUUCGGUCUUGUUAAAAGAGCCAUGAACAGAGCACCUGGGCCCAAUGACUUUUGGUAUGCAGAGCACCAAGCCAGUUGUGGUGGUGAAUUUAUUAAAAUUAAAGAACCUGAAAAUUUCAAAGCAAGAAAAAGUCGAGUUAAAACUAAAGAUAACAGCAAUUCUUUGAAUAAAUAUUUUCCGAAAAACCUAGAAACUUCAUCUAGUGCUAAACCUACGGAAACUGACAAAAAUAGAAAAAAACUUGUUAAGAAAAAUGUAACAGGAAAGUCAAGUAAGCCUUCAAGUAAUGUUCCUUCUUUGACUAACUUUUUCUCUAGUACUUCCUCAUCACAUAAUCCUGCUUCUAAGUCAAGCAAGUCGAACAAACCUGGUGGCAGUGCUGACAUUAAAAAAACUGAGACCAACAAUAUCCAUGAUUUUUCCUCUUUGAAAAGUGAAUCGCCAUUAACCAGUAGUGCAAGUUCGGAUGAAGUUAAUAUUGUAAAACCUAACAAAGCAGGGUCUGGUACAGGUCUUAAAUCUAAUAAAGGAGGGACAUUAGUUAUGAAUCCGAGACCAGGUUCAUCUGUAAAUUCAGAUGAGAAUUCGGAUUCAUCAGUGAAAGAGAAAAUUAUUCCAUUCUCCGGGACGGGUCAUGUGCUGGCACCAGGAGCUGUUGCAGAUCGUUCGAGAAGUGUAUUGCUUUCCUUGUUUGAUAAAAAAAAUUCAGAAUCAUCUAGUAAAACUGUUGAAAAAAAGACAAAUGAAAAAGAAAUCAAUAGGCAUUUGCAGAGGCAAGAAUCUUUAAAAAAUAAGACUGAAGAAAGGAAAGGUUCGAAACCUUUAAAUAAAUUCAGCUUUGAAGUUAAGAAGAAUGAAAAGGAUACAAACAAAUGCUUAGAUAGUCAACAAAGAGGAAGCUCUACCAAGACAAAUGAAAAUAAUAGUUCACCUUCCAAGAAGGUAAGCCAAGGUAGGCCUAACGAUGGCUCUUCUACUUCUAAAGGAUAUAGUAAAGAAGCUAGUGUAUCUGGUACUGAAGUAAAAAAGUUACCGGUGAAAAAAGAAGUUGAGGAUGAACCAGUAAUUAUCACUUCAGAUUCAGAUGAUGACAUCACAGAGGAUAUUGAUUUGGUUGUCAACUGCCCUGUUUGUGGUUUCCAGACCAUAGGGAGUCUCAUUAACGAGCAUCUUGACGAAUGUUCUGGGUUUAAUACAGUUUUUGAAAAUGUUCAGAUAAUUGAUGAUGACUCUGAUUUGGCCUUUGAUUUGGCCAGUCAGGUACAGUGCCCGAGCUGUGGUAUUAUGUGUCUUGAAGAUGACAUUAAUGCUCACUUAGACGCUUGUUUGAGCUGAAUGUUUACGGAAGAGAGUUAGCUAGCUUGAAAUCUUUAUAGAUCUGUAUUAAAAAUUUUCUACUUUAUAUCUGUGAUUCCUUCGUGUCAUAUAUAGAAUAUCAUAGGUUUUUUAAUUUUAUUUAUAUUAAAAAUAAUCAUCAUUUGUUAUUCAAUUGCAACAAUUGUUGAUUAUUGGUUUCAUGUUCCUCUUGUUUUUGAAUGUUUGACAAGAAAAAAUGAAUGUUUUGUUAUUUAUUUAUUGUUAAUUUGGUUUUGGAUCCCAUUUGAGAAGAUGCUGUGUUGAAGUAACAAGAAUUAUUUAUUAUAUUUCUUUUUUGAAAACAUUUUCCCAGAUAAAAUUGUUAUUUUACUAUUGACAAUUGCAUCUAAUUAAUAAUUUGGCUUUUGAAGUAUUAAUUAGUUUUUUUAGUUGUCAAUGUACUUAAUAAUUCAUUACAUUCCAUUAACAACAAUUCUAUUAAAAAUUAUUUUAUAAUGACAAACUCAAGUUUUGUUUUUAAGGUUUAAAUGGGAUUUGCUAGCUGAAGUCUGAAACCUUUAUUAGAAAGUGUGUACUAAAUUAGCUUUUCUAAUUUCUUUUAAAUUAAAUGAUAUACAAAUUAUUUAUAGCUUUUUACUGUCCUAUUUUUAUUUUGUUUCAAUUAUAUUUGUUUGUUGUUAUUGUAAUUAUAGUAUAAAUGUUGUUAUAAAUUGAUGAGAUAGAUAAAGGAAAUAAACCAAGAUACCUCAGAAGGCUGAUUAAUCCUUAUCAAAAAUGGAAUUAAUAUAAUUGCAAAUUUUUGCUUUUAGCUUAUUAGUUCCAUUUUGAUUGAAUAAUUUUAAUUAUUAAACAGAAACUUUUCCUUCCGAUAAUUUGUUAAUGUUUAUCAUAAAGAUGAGAUGCUCCAGUUUCAGCUGUAUACUUCGAAGUUAUUCAGUUUCAGAAGUGAGUCAGUUUUUUUAUUUUACUUUAAAUUUCAGAUACUUGUGUAGAACAGCUGGAAAGAUGGGAGUAGGCUACAAGAUCACAAUGUAGAGAGAAUUCCGAAAAUUUCCGAGAUUAGCAGUGUAUAUGAAAGCAUUUUAUGAGAAUUUAUGAGUCAUUAAAGAUUUAAUAUCUUACAUCUUAUUUCUACAAUCAAAUUAUACGUUAUAAUUAAAUACAUGGUCCACUCCUUUUUACCUAUUAUAAAUUGUAUGAAUUAUUAAAAUAUUAAUGCUGUAAUUAGAUCACAACUGUCAGCACUUCAGUUUGCUUAAGAGAUGUACAAUCGUGUACUAAAAUGUACAUACUCAAGGUGGAGGUUCAGUUGUUAAUCUUUUAGUUGGGCCUUACCCAAUAUCUAAAAUAGUUCAUUUCUUAAUUAUAAAUUAAAUAUAUUUAUUAUACAUUAUUAAACCUCAUGGUUAAAUUAAUUUACUUUGAAGGUGUGGAGGUCAUUGGUCAUAAUUUACUUUCUGGCAGAUUUUUCUAUACUCAGAAAUUUUAGGAAUUCCAUUACAGUGUGGUCAUGAGAACUUGUGUCCUGCUGUCUUCUUGGUGGCUGUGUUCUACUCAAGUACCAAAUUUUCUUCUGAAGAAGUUUUCAUCAAAAUGAUUUUUUUUUGCAGAUGAUGUAAUUGAAUUUCAUGAGUUGGUAGAUUGUGAGAAUCUGAAAACUUUGAAAAUGCCUUAAAAACUGGUCACAUUCCUGUGGCUUUUAAUUUCAGAAACAGUUAAAUACAUUCUAUUGUGUGUUCAACAUUGAAGUAGUGAUGUCAUUAGCUCUAAAAGAAGCCCUUAUAGACAAAGAAAAUAGGUCAAUUAAUUUACAAGGGGUCAUUGCUCUUUGGAGAUCAAAUGGUUUCAAGAAAAAUGAAUAAUUAAAAUCUUUCUGAAUUUUCCUAAGAAAUAUAUUAUUAAAAUGUUUUUUGUUGAAGUAAAACAUAUCAGAAUUAUACCAUUGUUAAUUUAAUUAAAUGGAGUUGAAUUAGGUAAUAUCUCUUUUAAGUUAAAGUAAAUUAAUGGAAAUCAACAGGCCUUCCAAUGUACAACAAAUUCGAUGUAGAGAUAUAAGAUAAAACAAAUCAGAACAUAUUUAUCAGUGUCAUUCUUAUAAAAGAAAGAAGUUUUCUAAGAAGAAAUAUGAAGAUUUGUGGAAUGGGAUCUAGAGGCAUACAAUUUUUAUUAUAUUAGUAAUGAAAAAAUAACUCUGAGAUCGGGAGGCACUUGUGGCACACCCAGCCUCUAGAAGUAGGGUUCAUCGAAUUCAUAGAAAACCUAGUGAUUGACUGUGGAUACUGACUACAUUAUAUAACCCUUGGUCAAGAAACAGUACAAAGUAUUGAACCCAAGAUAGUUAGCUGUAGUGUUUGGGAUUUAUUUAAAAUAACAAAUUUAAACACCAUAUAAGAGAAGGAAACAUAGUAUAUUGUCCAUUUUAAUUCACUGAUUGUUGAUAAUUGACUGUAAAGAAAUUAAUGAGGUUAAAAAGAGAGUAUUGUAUGAGCUAUCUGAUGCUUGUGGUAUGUUGAUAGGUCUAGUUUUCUCUCUUUGACAUUAAAGCCUUGCUAGAGAAAAUACUUCCUUCCUGGUUCAUCCACCAUUCUGAAUGUUGUUAUUCUCACUUUUGGGAACCGAAUUGAAUUGUUUGAUUUUAUUGACCUUUCCUCCCCCCCUCCCCCAAAAAAAAUUACAAAUUGUUUUAUUAAGUAUCUUUAUUAUAGCCUUAAUUUGAAAUAUUAAUGCAAGUUAAUUUUAAACAUUCGAACUGAAGUAUUUUAAACAUUCUCUCCUGGAGGAAAUCUGAGGAUCAUAAAUGAGUUCAACCCAAUCCGACAAAAAAAAAAAAAAAUACGGAGUGGGUACUCUGCCGAUUUCAAAGCGUUCCAUGAUUAUUCAAUCGUGACAAUUAGUCUUCUAUUUCAACACAUGAUUGAACACAAGCUCCACUUUUCAUCGCUGACUCGUUUCCAGAGUGUUCCUGAAACCAUGAGCUAACUAGAUUAAAAAUAAAACCUUUCAUCAGCUUUCCAACCUUAAAGUAAUCACGAUGAAGUUUUAUUUUUUCAUUUUUUGUGUUAUCUGUUUCAUAACUUCUUUCCAACUUAAACUAUAAAUGAAUUUCUCAUGAUCGAAUUUUUGAAAACUUGGUGAAAUAUUGAAUUAGUAUUUUAUUUUAAUUGUAGUGAUUGUAGUUAGUAUCUAAAUAUAUAUCUUACCUAUUUUUUCGCCAGAAACAUUGCCCUUUUUUUUUAUUUUUUUAAAUUUCAAUGUUUUUUUAAAAAUUAAGUUAAUGAAAAAAAAAUGAGUCUAAUUUGGAAUAAACAGGUAUGUAUUAGUUAAGCUAUUAGUUAUUUAAUUCUGUUUUCCUUAGUUUGUGAAAUGUCUAAACGCAACUUAAGAUUGUUAAUAAAGUAUUACAUAUAUUUAUGUUUCAUAUAUAAAUAAAAUACCUUUUUAUCCUAUAAUUCAUUUCAUGGUUUAUUAAUUUUAUUUUAAAUUUAUUAUGAAUAUUUAAAAAUUGCACUAAAAGUUUUAAAAUAAAAAGUUAACUACAUAUUUGGAAGGCAUUGGAUUGGCAACUUGGACAUCGUGCUCAUACCUGUAGGAACAUAAUAGUUCGUUUUUCUCAGUUUCAAUAUUGUUUGUAUUCUAAUCAUUACUAUUCUUUAUUAAUGCAAUUAUCGUUAUUAGCAAAACAUAUAUUAUAUGCAUUAAUUGGUUUAAUUCAAGAGGAUUUUCAAUUUCAAUUAUGAAGAAAACAAUGAGACAUAAGGUACGAUUUAUUUGUAUAAAACAAUUUCUUUAAACAUAUCUUUAUGUGUUUUGUACAUAUAUUGCUAUUUUAUUUCAAAUAAACCUAUGCAUAUAACCUAAUAUUUUAGACUACUUAAGAUAUAAACUUAUAUUGAAAGAUUCAUCUUAUUUCAGAGUGAUUAUUAUCUACAUUUUUUUUAUAAAUGCCUUUGUUGUUAAUAAAAAAAUACACUACUAAUUUGCUUUAAAAUAGGAUAUUAUGCAGGAUAUGGGGCUUGUUUUAUUUAAAUAUGAGCGAUUUGUUCUGUAAUUGAGGUGUAAAGUAAAAAUUAUUCGAAAGGCAUAUAUUUAUUUAAUUACAAUUAUAUUUAAAAAUUACAAAAAUUCUUAAUCUACGCUUAAAAGUUACUUAAAAGGCAGUCAGAAAUUAUAACUUUUUAAUUAAACUUUAGACUUUCGAACUUUUGGCUAUUGCCGAAGUCCUUAUAUUUUCUCAGGUUUUGUUUUAUACAAUUCAUUGUUAAUAUUAGAAAUAAUAUAUUGCAUCAAUUUGUAGAAAACGCAAAUUAUAUAUGUUUAACUUGGCUUACUUAAUUAUGUAAGAGACACUUUAUAAUAACGAUGUGAGGUACAAAUUUAUUAAAAAACUACUUUAUUCUAUAUUAAAAAUAUUAUCUAUUACAACAAAAAAUAUAAGUAUUCUGAAAUUUUAUUUAUAUACAGCUACUCAUAAAUAAUUAAAAAAUAUUUUACUUAAUAUUUUCUUUUAUUAUUAAUAUUAAGAAAGGAUUUUUAACUGUGGUAUUUUUUACUCGUAUUUGCUGCCCUAUUUGGAGUAAAUUAGGAUGUUAAGGCUUCAAAAAAGGAAACGAACGAGCAAGGUAACGUUGAGGUCACGGGGAGAGAAGGAGGGGACUGAAGCCCUCCCCCCAAAAUGGUAAAAUAUAACCUUGCCUCAUGAAAAAAAUAUUAAAACAUUAUCUCUAAAAGUAGUACUUUUAAUAAGGAAUUUCUCUCUAGUGUAGUUACGUUAAUACGACUUCAAGAAUCACUUAAACGUCAUUCCAUAUAGGUAAUUCGGAUCUUUCUUCGUCUUCCAGAAUAAUAAUCGUUAUAUUUUAUAUAUAAAAAUAAGCUCUCGGGCUGAAGCCCCCAAAAAUUAAAUACUGGAUCCGCUAGUGAUUGAGGUUAUCAAUUAUUCCCGUUUUUGAAACACCUCAAUGUAAUGUGACGUCAGUAAACGCAGUUUAUACUACAGAGCGCUAUAGAUAUCGAGGUCUAUAGUGAUGUGGAAGGUAGAGAAAAAUAUGAUUUAUUUUCCCAUUUUGAUUAGAAUAGGUUUGGUCUAACCUCUUUAACAACUCUCGUUUGCCAGAAAUAGCGACGUAGCGAAAAUCGAGGAAAACAAAAUGUUAUACCUUGUUUUUAAGAAUAUAUAUACAAAAUAACUGGAACCUGUCAUUUUUUUUAUUAUAAUAUAUAGCUAUUAUAAAAUUAUUAAUUUAAAUUUAAUAAUAAUAGAGUUCUCUCCUUAGGUGCAUUUAGACAUUUCACAAACUAUGGGAAACACAAAUAUUUAAAUGAUUAUUUCCCUAUGCUAGUAUUUUUGUUCCUUGUGUCUGCUGUCGAUAAUAAGAGAAAUAAAAAAAAAGUCGGGCUUAGCCCAAAUGUCGAUAUUUGUUAAGUUAGCUAGCUAAUUGUGUUUUUCAUAGUUUGUGAAAUGUCUAAACGCACCUUUACAAUUGAAAAUUCUUCGAAAAAUUGUUAGCGCGGAAUGAUAUAUUUCAAAUCACACAGUACACAAUGUCUUAAAAAUUUCAACGAUAAAAUCUUACAUCUAUCACAAAUAAAUUACAUUUUAUUUUUCAUCACAAAAUCUUCUCAAACUACG